AUGGCGGUCACGACAUCACCAUCUUAUCAUGGAUCGCCGAUUCAUGACGGAUUUGCCACAAUCCGUGCGCCAAGAAGCCGUAUAAAAAUAAGAAAUCUCGUCGAACCAAAUAAUGCUACCAAUCUACCUCAGAGGCAUUCCGAGUAUUUCACUCUGCAAAGGAAUUCCACGAAUAAGUUUUUGGACAGCAGCGUGGUAGUGCAAUACACGAACGAUGAAUCAGUGAGUAACAGCAAUGACACAGACAAGCCAUUGCGACUUAGCUUUACAGAACCUAUUUAUGCCAAAGUAACUCCACCACAUUCCAAAAGUAACUCUCCAGUGAAACGUUUGAACGGCAAACAAUACUUCCACUACGACUCCAUAGAUACGAAACCACGGCGACGCUUAAAAAGCUUAGAGUUCACUUCGGGAACGGAUCAGGUGGAUGAGAAAAAGGGUACGGCACUCUUAAGUAACGGAGAACGCCAGCUGCCCGAACAGCAUGUAGCGAAUCAGGACAACUCUGAGCAGCAUUCCGUGCGCACGGAUACUACGGGAUCAUCCGUUGACUACAGAAAGAGACAUACAGACCGUGAUAAUUGUUCAGAAUCGUCGUCAUACCUCACCGACAACGAUAGGCCUAUUUCCAGCUACAGCGACAAUUCCACAAUACCGUCCACAGACACGGAAGACGUGUUAAGAGAUCUACCGAACAAGUCUAGAUUCCACAAGUCGCCGCAGAAAUUUGCCACAUUAAAUACGCGAAGGCCAAAAUUUAUCGACCUCAAACCACCAAGCCUCAAAGAGAACCAAUUCUACGGAAGUCUACAAAGGAAUAAAAUGGGCUAUCAUUCUGAACCGAACACGCCUCUUUCGGGAGAACGGAUUGACUUGGGCGAUGAAUCAAGUUUACUUGAUCAAGUCCAACAAAUACCGCGAAUGCCUUUGCAAAAUAAUAGAAAUGGUUUUAGAAGGUCGAUCAGCGAGAACAAUGGUUUUUCUAAGAGACUUAAUUACAGGCAUUCUUUUAGUGCCGACUAUAGGCCACAACCUGUUAUAAAAAGACCCCAUAAGUGUUGUGAAUGCAUUACUGGAAUACCCGCUGAGGAAGAGGACAAAAAAACGACAAGAACAUUGGGAACACUGCAUGAAGCUCAAGACCCUAAAGUGGGUUGCCAAACAAUAUUAAGAUCGAAACCACCAAUACCAUGGUGGGAACUGGCUAUUAAAAAGUCCCGAUAUAAAAGCUGCCCAAUUCUUGAAGAGGCACACGUGGUGUCCGCCUUCGAACAGAGCCUUUCGAAUAUGACGCAGCGUCUGCAGCAACUUACCGCCACGGCCGAGAGAAAGGACUCGGAGCUAACGGAACUUCGUCAGACGAUCGAGUUACUCCGAAAGCAGUCAAUCCAGGCCGGGCUGACAACGGCGCAUAUGCAGUCAAUGGGAAUACGGGCCGAUGGCGUCAAUGUUACGGGACAGGAACCCCCGACCACACAAGCUCAACAGUCAUCGCCGCAGCGUAAUGCUCAAACCGGAAAUGGAGCGAUUACACGCCACCUGUCUACCGACAGUGUGUCCAGUAUUAAUAGCCUUAGCAGCGGAUCAUCUAUGCCACACGAUAAAAAGCAUAAGAAGAAAGGAUGGCUGCGAUCAUCAUUUACAAAGGCGUUUUCAAGGAACGCGAAGAUAUCUAAAACGGCCAAGCACUCAUCUCUCGGGCAGCUGUCGUCUCAAGACAGUUCCUCGGGAUCCCACCAUUACGACGACCCUCACAUAAUCCGCGAGGGGAGCAACGAGAACAGCCUGGAACAUUCCCAUGAAGUACUACCCGACACGAAGGACAAGGCAAUAUGUCCUAAUUCUAAGACUGAUGAACAAGCCAAAGAUAAACCAGAUGACUCCGGAUUAGUAGACGAAUUAAAGAGACAGUUGAGGGAAAAGGAUUUGGUGCUGACUGACAUCAGACUCGAAGCAUUGAGUUCAGCCCAUCAACUAGAAAGCCUUAAAGAUACUGUUAUUAAAAUGAGGAACGAGAUGCUGAACCUUAAGCAGAACAACGAGCGUCUGCAGCGGUUAGUGACGUCACGGUCGCUCGCCGGCAGCCAGAGUUCGUUGCCCGCCGCGGACGACCCGAGGCGAUUCAGCCUCGCCGAUCAGCCGGCCUUACACCAGGCGUCGAUGGACAUGCAUUCGCAGCAACUCGAUCUGGAUUUCAACUGCACACUCACGUCGACACCUAACAUCGACUUCUCGAAGAAAGGCUCGCCGAAGUCCAGCAUGGAGCCGAUAUACGGGAACAAGGCCGUGUGCGAACUGAACGAGAACAGCGAAGCGAUUUUGAGCGCCCUCAACGGUUCCAGUGACAUAUUCACGAACGGGCGAAACAAUGGCGAGAGACUUAGUGGCGACUACGACAUCAAUACGGUCCUACCGCCGCCAAAGAGCAGGGAAUUGGCUAUCGGAGAGAGCUAUUCUGAUAUUGGUGUAGCCGACAGCCAAGGCGACACGACGGACGGCAAGAAGAUAGCGAUCGCGGUGUACUUGGGCCAGCCGGAGACGUUCCAGAGGUACUUCGAGGAGGUGCAGGACACGCUGACCGAGUCCGAGUGCCGGUUCUACGCGAAGCAGUCCGCGGCCGCGUUCAACCACUUCGAGAAGCAGCCGAGCUACGACUCGCCGAGGGCCUCGCAGAGCCACAGCCCCGAGACGGAGGCGCCGGACUACGCGCCCGCCAACAAGUCGAACACGAACAGCCUGAAGAGCAACAAGUCGACGCACAGCGGCUCGUACAAGAACGUGUACAACAGCGACUCGACGGUGAACAGCAACGAGUUCACGAUCGCCUACACGUACAUAUCCGGGAAGACGACGUGGCAGAACCUGGACUACAUAGUGAGGAAGACGUUCAAGGACUACCUGUCCCGGAUAGAUCCGGGCACGAAUUUGGGCCUGAACACGGACUCGAUAACGUCGUACCACCUGGGGGAGGCUACCAGGGGACCGGAGAUCGGUUUCCCGGAACUGCUGCCUUGUGGCUAUAUCAUUGGCACAGUUAAUACCCUGUACAUUUGCCUGCAGGGUGUUGGCAGUUUGGCUUUCGAUAGUCUCAUACCAAAAAAUAUUGUUUAUAGGUACGUUUCACUGUUAUCUGAACACCGAAGAGUUAUACUUUGCGGACCCAGUGGCACGGGAAAAUCUUAUUUAGCAGCAAAAUUGGCGGAAUUCUAUGUACAACGUACGCAGAGGAGAGGAAAUCCCGCUGAAGCAGUGGCAACGUUCAACGUGGACCGUAAGUCGUGCAACGAGCUGCGCGCGUACCUGGCCAACAUCGCGGAGCAGUGCGGCGCGGCGGCGGCGGGCGAGGAGGCGGUGCUGCCCUCCGUGGUCGUGCUGGACAACUUGCAGCACGCCUCCGCCCUGGGGGACGCCUUCACCGGCCUCCUGCCGCCCGACAACAGGAACAUGCCCGUCAUCAUAGGCACGAUGUCCCAAGCUACAUGCAACACCACAAACCUCCAACUGCACCACAACUUCAGGUGGCUCCUCACCGCAAACCACAUGGAACCGGUCAAAGGUUUCUUGGCGAGAUACCUCCGACGGAAGCUGUUCUCGCUGGAACUUCGGCUGGGUCGCCGCGAGCCCGCUCUAGCCGCGGUACUGGAGUGGUUGCCUGGUGUCUGGUCGACCCUGAAUGCGUUCCUGGAAGCGCACUCCUCCAGUGACGUCACCGUGGGCCCGCGACUAUUCCUCGCCUGCCCCAUGGACUUGGAAGCCAGCCAGGCGUGGUUCGCGGACGUGUGGAACUACAGCAUAGUUCCGUACGCGUCGGAGGCGGUGCGCGAGGGCGUCGCCCUGUACGGGCGGCGGCGGCACGCGGCGGUCGAUCCGCUGCAGCACGUCAAGUCGUCGUACCCGUGGCGGGAACCAAAUCAUUCGCACACUUUAAGAUCCAUAACAGUCGAGGAGAUGAGCAUUGAAGAAGCAAACCAGGAGGCGAACAGAAACAACAAUCAAGAUCCACUGUUGAACAUGUUAAUGCGACUGCAAGAAGCAGCCAACUACAGCGGUAACCAAAGCCAAGAUUCGGACAACGCAAGUAUGGACUCGAAUCUCACACACGACAGCUCCAUGGGCAACGAGCUU